AUGGCACACGAAGUGGAACCUUUAAAGGCUCAAAAGCCCCAGAAAACAUCUUUGAAAGCAAGAUAUCAAUCUCUCAUAGAGAAUAUUACUAUUGAACCAGUGCUAGCGUGUUCUACAAUACCUGGAACUCUGGCUAGACUCGCGACACAAAAUCUCAACUUGGACAAAGCUUGUAGAUUAAAUUUGAAGUAUGGAGAUGCAGUCUGCGACGCCCUCAUUGCAAGAAAAGGUGAUACGUAUAGAACUGAAGAAACUGCAGUUCAAGAAGUCAUAGCAGGAAUAGAAAUUUGGCAGAACAUUUUAUAUCACGCAAUGCCAUGUUUCAUAAUCCUGUUUAUAGGAGCCUGGAGCGACAGAACUGGAAGAAGGAAAAUAUACAUUCUGCUACCAAUUGUGGGAAAUUUACUGACGUGUAUCAGCAAUAUUGUCAAUACCUACUUCUUCUAUGAGCUGCCACUUGAAUUGUGCAUGUUUAUGGAAGCAUUCUGUCCUUGUAUCACUGGAGGAUGGGUUACAUUGAGCAUGGGAGCAUUUUCUUACAUAAGUGACGUAUCCAGUGAAGAGACCAGGACAUUCAGAAUGGGUAUAGCUAGCCUCUGUUUCACAGCGUGUCGUCCAAUCGGAAUGGCUUUAAGUGGAGUAUUGUUGAAGAAAAUGGGAUAUUAUGGAGUAUUUUCCUUAAGCGCUCUUUUAUAUGCAGUCAGCAUAGUCUACGGAGUAUAUUAUAUUAAAGAUCCCAAUCUACCAAGAUCCAAGGAAGUUGCUGAGGAUAAAGGAUUCCUUAGAACUUUCUUCGAUCUAAAGCACGUGAAAAAUACCAUAACGGUUGUUUUGAAAAAAGGACCAAACAGGCGAAGAUUUAAAUCUAUUAUGGUGUUAGUUUGUUUAGCAAUCAUCGAUGGACCAAAUAUGGUGAGCCACCGAGGUCAUCAAAUUGCCAGAGAUUUCGCACUCCGUUAUUUGUACAGUCGAUAUCGAUUCAAUUGGGAUGCUGUUAUGUAUAGCUUUUAUGUGACUGUUUACAUCAUUUUGCAUUCCUUCGGGGCUUUGGUGUCAAUAAGCAUCUUCAGUCGUAAAUUGCACUGGGAUGACUCCGUGUUGGGUCUUAUUUCUAACAUCAGCAGAAUAGCCGGUGCGCUGGUUACUGGUUUGGCUCAAAACAGCUUUCACAUGUAUCUAGCAGUAGCAAUCGAGACGUUCAACGCAACGUCUACCACAGCACUACGAUCCAUCUCCUCUAAACUAGUCAGCCGUGAUGAAAUAGGCAAGCUACAAUCUGUCUUCAACCUGACUGCGGAAGUAGCUUCCUUGACCUUCGUCCCAUUGUACUCCUGGAUGUACAUGGUAACGCUAAAAUAUGAUGCCGGUUUCGUUUAUUACGUCAGUGCUGGUAUAACAGUGAUCGCCGUAUUCAUUUUUGGAUGGUUCUAUAAAAUCCACAAAGAAAGUAUGAAGAAACGAAAAUCAACAGACAGUAACAAUUGUGAAGACAUCAAAGACAAAAAUGAUCGGCGGAAUUCAGAUGUCAAGAAAAAAGAAGACCUUGUGACUUGCGGUUUAGAGUUAAUGGAUGAACAAAUUAUCGUACAGUAA